AGGCAGGCGACCAUCUGGGUUUCGAUGAGGGCAUGAAAGGCCGUGACUACUGCGUCGUUCCGACCGCGGACCCUCCAGGCUCAGCCUCCGCCUCCCCCCUCUCCCCCUCAUCCCCCGCCGCCCUGCCCAAGAAGAAGAUGCCGCAGAGAAAGUGGGAAGUCCACCCCGGCCGGAACAAGUUCCACUGUAACGGCCGGAUCAUGAUGGCCAGGCAGACAGGCAUCUUCUACUUCACCGUGGCGCUCAUCGUGGUCACCUGUGGCCUGUUCUUUGGAUUUGAUUGUCCAUACCUAGCCGUGAACCUGACCCCAGCCAUACCAGUGAUCGGCAUCGUGCUGUUUGUGUUCACCAUGUCCACCCUGCUGCGCACCAGCUUCAGCGACCCAGGAGUCAUCCCCCGCGCCACGCCUGACGAAGCCGCGGACAUCGAGAGACAAAUAGAGGUACCAAAUGGCCAGCCCUCGCCGUCCUACAGACCGCCACCCAGGCAGAAAGAGGUGGUGGUAAACGGGCAGACCAUCAAGCUGAAGUACUGCUUCACGUGUAAAAUAUUCCGCCCACCCCGGGCCUCGCACUGCUCCAUCUGCGACAACUGUGUGGAGCGGUUCGACCACCAUUGUCCGUGGGUGGGAAACUGCGUCGGCAAGCGGAAUUAUCGUUACUUCUACAUGUUCAUCCUCUCGCUGGCGCUGCUUUGUGUGUUCCUCUUCGCCUGUGUCAUCACCCACAUCAUCAUGCGUUCCCAGAAGGCUAAUUUCCUGAAGGCAAUGCAGCAGUCCCCUGCCAGUGUCCUGGAGGCUGUGGUGUGUUUUUUCUCUGUUUGGUCCAUCCUGGGGCUGGCUGGCUUCCACACCUACUUAACUACAUCCAACCAGACCACUAAUGAAGAUAUAAAAGGCUCGUGGUCCUCAAAAAGGGGAAGAGAUAAUUAUAAUCCUUACAGCCAAGGAGGGAUCGUGAAAAAUUGUUUUGCGGUCUUGUGUGGUCCCACCACACCAAGCCUGCUGGACAGACGUGGGGUCGUGGAGCCGGACCCCACCCCACAACAGUACACCAUGCAGAUGAACGGCACCGGUGUCAGGCUGGGGAACUACGGGGCCAUCCCCACCCAGACCACUACUGUACAGCCUCCGGCACAGCCACAACAGGAUCUGGACGACAAUCACCAACAGCCCGCCAGUAAGACAACAGAAUCCCCCGAGACUGCCAAGAGCAACAACACCACGGACAGUGGAUACAGUGGGUACCAAGGGAACACAGCCACCACCCCCAAUGAAACAGCCUCUACGCCUGGCGCCCUCCCGCCUAUCAACGGCUCUGAGUCCGUUGCAUCCAUCGUGUCCAGCCCCGCCGUGUUACCAACCCUCGCCCCGCCUCCUGCCGGUGCGAAUCCUCCCGUUACGCCAGUACAAAGCACCUCCCCGCCGCCGCGGUCAGUCUCUGAGGGGGACGCUCUCGGAGACGACUACAACAAGGGAAUGUCCAACUUUGGGUCAAUUUGAUAAAUUCGCACUGUGAAAAUUGUAAAUAGUUUAGGGAAUACUAUUCUGUCUGUAUGAAUAAUUGAUGUAAUAUUCCUUGUGUCAAUCAUGACAGAGGGAAGUCCUUGAUGUUCAUCUAUACGGAAAAGAUUUAUAGCAAAGUAGGCAGAAAUGAUGUGAUCUUUAUUUUUAGUUGUAACAACCAAUAACAGUACGAUAGUGGGUGCACAAGGUUACGUGUAUUACUGCAAAAUUUCAGCAACAAAGACAAUGACUGUAAGAAAAGUGUCAAAAGUGUGCAUUUGAUGUAAAGCCCUCUGGCAUCUAAAGAGAUGCUCUUAAGAAUUUUUUUAUUGCUGUGUCAGAGAUGAUACCAUUCUAAGAGAUCUCCAAGUAAAUUCAGUGGAAAAUAUCUGCCAUUCAACUCCUGUUUCGAGUACAGGGAAAACAGUGUAUUUUUUUAAGGGUUUUGUUGAAAACCACAGAUCCCUGCUUCUUAUGUUUGCUUUCAAAAGGGCUUCAGAUGGCACAUAACCAAGUUUUAGAGAAAAGGCUUGUGUACAUUUGUGCUAAAUCUAAAGACAGCUGUGCACUUGGCAAUUGAAAUGUGAGUACCACAAGACUGUUGUUUGUUGUCAUCUUCAACAAAUCCAUUAACUGUACUUGAGUGAUUGUAGAUAGUCAUUAUCGUUGUGUGAUGAACAGUUCUUAUCCAAAGGACCAUGUCUAUAGGCUAAUAUUCUCAGGAAUCCUUUUGGUUGUGGUUUUAUCUUUUUUUGACAUAAGGUUUAAGGACCUAAUAUUGUGUCAACUUAACAGUUGCUACAGAAGAAUGGUGGCACUUUGAUGUAAAUAUUGAAUCUACACCCUUCUGUUGUAUAAUGUGCUUAAUGUCAAAUACCAGGUUGCAUAAUUGUUUCUCCUUCUGAUAGUAGUACUUUGCUGGCACAUGGACGAAUAUACAAUUUUUUAGCUUCUACCUGUGACAAGACAUUUAAGGCAUGGUGUCUCAGUUCUGCUUUGUUAGGAAAACUCAUCUUGUGAAGUCGCUUUAGAGCUGUCUCCAGCUUUACAUUUUUCCCAACCCACUUGUGUUGAAGCCCUUGUUGUUGAUUUCCUCUGUUAAAUCUGUCAUUUUUAGCAUACAAAAUGCGUUUUGAUCAAUUCCAUGUCAUGUAGUUAAAAUCUUUAUGACAGACCGGGUAAAAUUCUCGUCCAUCCCAACAAGCAAAUUCCAAUCCUAGGACAGAGGGAUCCAUGGGUCUUGGAGACAGCCCUGAAUCCCUUUUCAUCCUGAGAAAAUCUUUCAGCAAAGCAAGGACCAGCAGAACUUUUACUCACUGCCAGGACAGUAUCUUUUCUGAUAGAACUCUAACAUUGUACUAAACUACGGCACUAGGACAUCGUUGAUAAAUUCUGAGGAAGGACUGAUUCAGAUGACACAAAUCAUGCAGCUGUACAGAAAUAAGCAGGAUGUACAGAAAUGUGUACAAUAAUGUCAAAAAGUAAUGAUUUCAAAUCAAUUGGUGUAUACCUAAUGUGUAAAGUCAGUUGUGUCAUCAUAUUUGUAAUUGCCUUAAUGGAAUAAAUAACCAGAAGUAAUUUAUACAGGAUACUCCUCUUUCAAGUUCUUAUUGAAAGAUGAUAUUGUCAAAUUGAAUGUGUCAUACAUUUACAUGUGCAAUUACAGUUGUGGUAAUGCAUAUAUAAGCAGAAAAAAUGUGCAGUUCCCAAAGAAAAUGGCAAUUCCCCUUCCUUUUGUUUAAUAUCAAUCAAUCAAAUCAAUUUAAAAAAAUCAAAUCAAUCAGAUUUGUUUGAAGUACUGAUACAAGCUUUAGCAUAACAAUAUCUGUGUUGAUGCCAUUCCUGAAGACAUUGUACAUUUGGUGUAAGAAUUUCUUACAUAAUGCAUACUGGGCCCUUCAAUGACCCAUCUCCAGCUUUAGUCCAGGUUGCAGUUGUUUUUUGGCCCUGUUUGAAAAGACCUAUGAAAUACACUCCUUCGUCUCGUGUAGGAAGUUUAAUUGUCACUCUAUAGCCUGGAAUAUUCAUUGAGCUUGCAAUGAACUGACUGCUCUUUCAGAACCCCCUUCUCCCUUUGUAUGCUUGAAGGAGAUUUCAUCACCUAGCUCCUGCAUUCAAUGGGUUUCCAUUCAAGAAAUGAUGCUAUGUAGCUUGAAGUAUUUCUCCUUAGCAAAGCAUGGUUUUAACGUUCCCAUCGUAUUGCCGAGUAUCCGUAAGAGUGUACCAUGUCAAAUGCAUCACUUCAUUCCUUUGAGUUUGCUUUUCGCAACUUGAAGUACAGUACUUAGUCAGAAGAACUGUUUGUGAAUCUCCAAGCAGAUAGUUGAAGUGUGUCAAAGAUAAUGGUACAGUCUAAAAAUUUCAUCACCCAACAUCUGCUUGGAGAUGAUUUUUUUUUGUAAUGUUGUUUUUUACGACUUUUAGAAAUUUUGUUUGCCAUGGUAUCUUAACUGCCAUGUUGUCUGACUAACUUGUGCCUUUUGCCAAAUUGUGUACAUAGAAACCACCCUGGUCCUGUGUAUAAACCCUCAUUGGCAAAAAAUCAUAGUUUAAAAUGGGCACAAUCUGUUGUGAUUUGAGACAACAUGUGUAUGUGAACUGUUGUCAAUAUAAGCUGCUCAGUUGUAAAGUCCCAGUCAGAGAAAAUGUAACAAAGGUAUAAGUGGAAAAUAUCAGGAGCUUAGAAACAUACUUAUUCAGAUAUAUGAGCGAGCAGACAAAGGGUUGAUGUAAGCUUAAAUCUUGUACAUCUUGUCAAUGUUACAGCACGCUCUGGACCAAUAGCGACUGGCUUUUCGGAAUCAGUAGUGUUGUACACAUUGCUUGUUUUAUACAGCUGUAGCAUUAAGGUUUGUAUUGUUCAUGUAAAUGUUGUAUGCAGCAUUUCUCCCUUUUUUGGUUCAUUGAAUGUAAAUCUGUGAAAAUAAACUAGAGCUUGAAGGCUUUAAAAGAAUGAA